AUGGAAAUAUUGAUCUUAAGGCGAUUUAAAAGUCCACCGGUACCAUUUCCACAACCUUCCUUUGAUUAUGCAUUUUGUCCUCAACCUUCUGUUCCGCAAAAAAGAUCAUUCAAGCAAACAAUGGACACUGUACAUCGAGAUAACACUACAGAAAUUCAUCGUAAUACGUAUCAAAUAUCAGAAAAAAACUCUUUGUCACAAUCACAGAAAUUCCAUGUUUCAACUCCAGAAUUGUUCGGUGAGAAUGGUACACCUCAACAAAUAACUCGUCAGCAGAAUUCACAGUCGAAGUCAAACAUAUUACCCAACAAAGAUCUAUGUCAAGAUAAUACUCAUGAAGGUCAAAAGAAACUUCCGAACGAAUAUCAGAAAAAUCAUAAAAAUUCGGGUGAGUUACAUUCAAUCGAUGCUCAGAAACACGGUAGUCCACCAUCAGCGUUUGCAGGGACAUCAGCUCCUGUUGAUCACAAAUCGAAAUUUUCGGAUGGGAGUUCAUAUAAAGUGUCAGAGGGUAUCCCCAAUUUAUAUCCUCCAUCUCCGAAAGUAGUCAUUGAAAGCUUACCUCCAAAAUAUACUAAGCAGUCACAUCUAGAAUAUCCACGGAAGCAUUCGGCUUCUUCACAAAAUUUAAGAAAUCGACUACCUUCACCAAAAGUUGUUAUAAAUAAUGAGAUGUUCCCUGUUAUAGAAAUACAUCACAAGAAAAUAGAAGAUCAUAAUAUAACAAAUAUAACAAAACGACAUAAUUUGCGUAUUGCUUCUCCAGAAGUCGUUAUAGAAAUGCCAUCCCGAGAUGUUUUGGCGGAGUAUCGAUCACCGGAUGAAUUACGCAGCAGCAGUCAGCAAUAUUUUCAGAGACCAAGCCAAGAAUUCAGAAAACAAAGAGACAAGGACGACGAAAGAAGUGAAGAGGCCGAAGAUUCUAUCAUUUCCGAUCCUUCAUCGAAUUCUUAUCUGUCGAUCCUCGUUCCUUCCAGCAUAAAUUCGAACGAGCCUUUGCUCACAUCAAUGGCCAUUCGCCAACUUACAAAGUACGUUGGUAAAGUGAGUCGAUACAAGCUUCUUGAAGACGUUGAGGUGGAUGAUUUGGGAAGGAUUCUUAAGAUUUUAGAGAGAUCGGUUCGGGAGGUCGAAACUUCCGAUAUCCUUCCUAAUAACUAUUCAUCAAGUUCGCAUGAAAAAAAAAGAUCAUCAGUUAAUUUGGAAAAUGAUCUUACUGAAAAUGACGAAAUGGAUGUGGAUGUUGAGUCAAAUAUCACAAUAAUUGAUGAUAAACUCGAAAAAAUAAUAAAUGGGGUCGAGGCUGCGAUUGCUGCUUUUUCGAUUAUGACUGGCGGAAAAUUAAGCAAACAGCUAUACCCAGAAGAUUUGAUUACCUCAAGCCUCAAUCUUGUGAAAGGUCAACUUGGAGGGAUAAUCUAUCGUAUAUUUGAAAUGAACACUUCAGAUGAUGCAUUGAAUAGUAGGCAACACGAUCAAUUUACAGUUACAGAUACACCCAUUCCUCUGCCUAAUAAUUUAUUUAUUUCUAUAGCUAUUGAUAUUUUUUUCGUUGCUUCACUCCCCGAAUCAAGCGUCAAAUCGCUGGAGGAGUUGUCCGAUGCCAUUGUGAUCACGAUUAGCUUCAUCGCUAUUGGACCAUUUUUUGUGGACUCCGCGAGUGGUAACAGUAAUUUCAUAUUCGGAAAUGGUCUCGAAGCUGUAAAAUUGGUUGCACUGGAUUUAUUAAGAUCGGUAUUUAUAAACCAUCCAAAACAACGUACAUGGAUAUUGGAAGAAAUCCUUACCUCUCUUAUAAAGUUGCCUACGGUUAAACGAAAUUUAAGACAAUACAGGUUGCCUGAUGGUAAAUCUAUUCAAAUGGUUUCGGCGCUUAUCCUACAAUUAAUACAAAGUUGUACCGCGGGAAUAAGUCAAAUUGAUCUUAAAAGCGCGGAUGAAUGUAGAGAAAUGGAAAUUACUGAAAAAGUUGUGCACAACGAAAUGAGUGAAUCGAAAAAGAUUGGCUACAUUAACGAUAAAAAAGCUGACACUUAUACAAAAUCAAUGGCCAUUGAUUAUUUGGGCACCAUAGCUGGUCGCAUCAAAAAGUUUUCCAACUCUGGUAUCAAAUCUUACGAAGAAACGUCCGAUGAGAUUUGGGAGGAGAAAGAUGAACGGAGAUGGUUCUCCAAGAUAAAGAAUAUUCCAAAGGGAGAGAUCACAACUCUUACUCGUACACAAGCUAUUAAAAAUCUCUAUGAAUGUCAAAAGGCUGUGCUUUCUUUUUUGGAAAUCAGUGCCACAGAAGACCCUGCGGUGCAGUGUGCACGUCAAUUUUACUUGACAGAAUGGGGGUUUUCGUUCGUGAAUACUUUACAACUGAUGGGUGAAAAGCGAUUGGAACCGAAAUGCAAUGAAGAAGAGGAAAAGAUUAAAUAUAAUUCUAUGAAAAAGUUGAUGGAUAAAAUUAUUGUUGAAUAUUGGAAAAUGUCAUCUGAAGAUCACAUAACACAAAGUCUCGGACAGAGGUCGCAAAGCGUCGAUAGAUCGGAUAUUCUUCUUAUCACUGAGCUUCUUGCAUCAAGGCAGUCCCUCUACCAGAACUUUGAUUCAAUUCUUUCAAGAAUAUUGGUAUCUUUGGAUACAGGUGUGGUUGCCUUUCGAACAAAGGCCCUAAGGGCCCUAGGACAAGUUGUAGUAUGCGAUCCCAGUAUUUUGAGUCAAGUUAAUGUCCGUCAAACGAUUGCGCAAAGACUUUCCGAUAACUCUCCGGCCGUACGUGAUGCUGCUAUCGAUCUUGUUGGUCGUUAUCUUUCGCAAAAACCAGAGAUCACUGAACAAUAUUAUAAAGUUAUUAGUGACCGUGUGCUAGACACAGGUCUUAAUGUUCGAAAACGUGUGAUUAAACUACUUCGUGACAUAUUCCUUAAAAGUACUGAUCAGGCCAUGAUGAUUGACAUCGGAUGUAAAAUUCUCAUGCGAAUAAACGAUGAUGAUGAUCAUGUCAAGGAAUUGGCCCUAAAAACUAUUCAAGAGUUAUGGUUCACUCCGUUUAAGCACCAAAAGAAUGUAAGCAAUUAUCUUGAUGAAGAUGAAAGACAAAGUGAAUUCAACAUGAUGUCUGCUGUUGGCAAAAAAGAAGUUUUAGCGAGAAGCUUAUUGAUCGUUGGAGUUUCGGAACGACUAGGUGAAAGAAAUGGACAUAUCAUAGGAGCUUUUUUCAAGAAGGUGUUGGAAAAAGACGAUAAACAAAAACGAGAAAUAUUAAGUAUAUGCCAAUGUAUGGUCGAUUGUCUUUUUGAACAUUUGUUAACCCUUCAAGACUCCAAUUCAAAGACAGAAGUUGUUAGUUGCAUUAGUACAAUCUGCCUUUUAAGCAACGCGUCUCCAACGCUAGUUAGUAAUCACGUCGUUACCCUACAACCAUAUUUAAAAAGUGCCAGUACGUCGGAUGAUCAAUCGAUACUAUAUUAUGUCCUGAUGAUAUAUCGGAAUGUUCUUCCACUUCUUAAACGGCCAAACCCUAUUUUCUUAAAUGAAAUCGAAACAGCGCUUAUGGGGUUGUUAACAAAGAGUCCUCAAAAAAUUCUCCAAGAGGUUGUCCCGUGUCUCUGUGUUAUAAUAGACAAGCUGACGUUCAAUUAUGCUCGAUUGAUAAAACUUUUACGUUCUUGUACUGAAAAGCUUAAAGUAGAAAAGAAACAGUUGGAAGCAGGCAAGGAACUAUCAUCUGCUCGUAAUGUUAUGGUGCUCCUUUUGAUUAUCGGUUUAUUAUGUAAAAACUUUGAUUUCGAUAAAAAAAGAGCUGAUCAGCCAGAGAAGAUGAAAGAUUUGGACUCAAUUGACAAGGGCCCCAUAAUAACAAUCAUUUUUCAGUUGGCUUUAUUUUUCUGUAAGGAAAAUUUAUCAGAAGCUGUCCAAAAAAUGGCGUUGCAAAGCUUAGGUUUUAUAUAUCUUUCAUAUCCGAUAAUAAUGUUAAGAUUAGAAAGUACUGAUUUAAUGGAUCGCAUACUUCAAACCGGUGCAAUGGAUAUGAGAAUACAAUUGAUGAAAGUAUUCUUGGACUUUUUGGUGGCUGAACAACAAAAAAUCAAUGCGGAUUUGGAGGAUAAAAAGCCAAAUGCAUUUGUAACCAAUGACAUUGUAGAUGUUAAUGAUACAAUGGAAACGUGGGGUUCGUCAAGUUCAAUGCAAAUCGAAGAACGGUUAACGGAUACGAAGGAAAUUCAAAACGGAACAUUGACGGAAGGAACUAGAAACAUUGAGAAUGAAAACGUUCUGCCUCUUUCCUAUGCCGCCAAGGUUUCCAUUUGUAUGACUAUUUUAAUGCACUUAAAGGAUCAUUUAAAAAAAUUGUAUUCUUUGAGUGAAGUAAAAUGUCAAAAUUUUAAUCCGACACAAAGUGGAUCUCACAAAGACAAACCGGCCAUACGUAAUCAGACCGCUCCGUUUAUUAUAUCAUGGGAAGGUUUUCCUUUUCUGGACAAACCUUUAGCUUUAGGAGACUUAUGGCUGAAGAUGGAACGCGAGAAGAAUUUUUUGAAAAUGAGUUUGAAAGUGAAUCGUCCUACAAACAAUCAAACGAUUUUAUUAACGUGGAUUUCGAUAUAA